AUUCUGCAAUACUGCCAUACCCUUGAAGAUGAAGUAAUUUUUUUUCACUCAUUCCAUCGUCCAUCUUCGUUUUACUCAGAUAUAUGUGCUAGAUUGAUUUGAUCUGGAAAUCAAGGUGGAACCUCGCCAAAUUCCUCUAUCUUUAUUCUCGUUACAAUGUGUUCGUCUUUAUCGUCCCGGUCUACGUAGUGAGCAAUGCUCCUGGCUUAUCCACAAGGAUGUGCCAAGCGGCAAAUUUGACCUAUGUAGGAGUCGCAGUCAGUGGUGCUACUGUCGGAGAAGCUAUUCUGGUUAUUCGGACAUGUGCCAUUUGGGCAAAGACCAAAAAACAGCGCAUUUGGCUCGUGUCCCUAUACCUGGUUUUUGUUGUGAUUAUAUUCGUGCUUUCCAUCCUAUGUGUGCGGUCCGUUGUCGAAGAAAAAGUUGUCCCAAUAGCAGGUACUUCGGGGUGUAAUGACGCCAUACUCCAAGGAACUGUGGUAUACCCAGUGGCUGUCGUCGCGUGCAUGCUAUUUCUGGAAACCGUCCUCUUGACACUUUUGGUUUAUAGAAUCGUCGAUGCUCAUCGUGAUACCAAGAGUCCUCUGAUACGAACUCUAUACAGAGAUGCGAUUAUACUCUACCUAUGCAUUUUAGUGUUGUCCAUCGCAAAUCUUAU